CAACCCGCCAACUGUUUAAUUUAUGCAAGGAAAACUGAGAAUAGAGAGGUAGAGAGAACGAAAAAAAAUCGCAAGGAAUCCAACACUACCACUCGAUAUAUUGCUUCCGUAGUACAGUACCAUGAAUCCGUAUCGCCUGCCUUUGAUUGUCAAAGCACUGUUGGGUGCAUCCUUCAUGGUAGCCAAUGUUCGCGCCCUAGCAUCGUGCACGACAUGUGCCCUCGGCAAUGACUUGAUAACAGACGCCAAUCCCUGUAACAACUUGGAAGAUAACGUCAAUGGCCUGUUCAAUACCGACUUGGACUGCAAGAACGCCCAAUUGGAGCACUACCAAAAAGGCUGCUGUCCGUUGCCCCCCCUCGAAGAUCACUGUGGCUACUGCGCAGACGGUUUCUCAACUCCUAAUAUGGAACUCAUGGUCCCGACGGGACAAAUCGUUGGUGGCUACGCCUGCUUUGAUUAUUAUUAUCAGCCCCAAUCCCGGAUCGGCAUGUUCACCGACGGGGACUGUUCGGACACCUUUCUGCAGCGGGCCGGUUUCUACUGCGGAUGUCCCAACCAGGAGCAGGAAUGCUGGUUGUGUCCCGAUGGGCAACCCCCUUCGAAGCCGGCGAAGGGCGACGCAUGGGUAACCAAGGCAACCUGCCGUGGCAUCGAAUACCUCUUUUCCCUCUUCAAGGAAGACGAGUGCGCUGCAUUCCCCUACGAGGCCGGCGCCGAUCUCGCCAUAUUUUGCGGGUGCGGCGGCUUGAACCAAACGGAAAUCGAUGCGCAGGCCGAGAUCUACCAGUGCAAUCUCUGCGAGAAUGGAGGGGUUGUCACCAACCCCGACUUCCCCUACUCAACGGAAGGGGAUUUCGUCAAGACGUGUGCCCAGGCGGAAGAAUUUGCCAGGGAAAUCAUCAAGACACCCUCGGGCUGCCGCAAUCCUAGGCACUUUGGAGAGGCUCGGCAAAAAUGCACGUGCUCAGAACCUCUGUUUGAUACUUCGCCAGGUGCACCAUCCUUGAUGGUCUCGUGGACGCCGUUGCUGCUCCAAUUGCUGAUUGGGAUGGUGGUGAUCGCACAUCCUUAACAAAUUUUGUCAUCAUCGCUGGAGACGACACAAUCGAUGGCGACAUUGAUGGCCUUGUUCGUGGGGAGGGGAAAGGAAUCUUUCGGAUCMACUUCAACAGUCGCAAUGCAUACACCAGGCGAUGUAGUGCUAUAACUUUCUGCGACGACGAUCAAAUUUCACAAGAAGCGAUGCCGAUGGAUGGAUAUUGAUUCGAUUAGAAAGAAACCCACAUUUUAUGUCUCGUUUUACAGACUAUAUCUGAGAUUCUAUUUCUCUGCAUUGGCAUUCACCUUUCUCUAUAUCGAGGGAAAAAAGAAUUGUACACAAUUGCCUUGGCUUUGCCUACUCGUAUAUGUGGUGUAUUAAGAUGCUGUUUAGAACAAAGCACAGAAAGCACUAAAAUUGUAUCAUUUGUUUCCCCGCUGCACGCAAGAGCUAUUGCAGAACGUACCAGUCUACAAACAAAUGAUAAUCCUAGUAAUAAGUAAUAAUCUGUCCAGGAACUA